UUAUGAAUGGCAAAGCGGUAAAGAGGAAGAAGAGAAAAACCUAUUUUGCUAUUUUGUUGUAAUUUAAAAUGAAUUAUGGAUAAAAGACAGCCAUCUGCCGUUGCGAUUAACUUCAGAAAGGGCUACGCUGAUAAAGGAGCUACUAGAAACUUCUUUAGAACCUGGCAGGCCUCGGUUUUAUCUAGUAUACAAACCAUUUGCAAGUAUCUCUCGUGAACUCGCAUUGUUUAAAUCUGUAAAUUCCCUAAAUUAAAUUCAGGACGAUAAAGGCACUGGAGGACACUUUCGGGUGAACCAACCUUUAACUUGGCUUUCCACUAUUAACCAAACAAAAACCUCUGCUACGAACUGUUAUAAAUACAAAAUAAACGUUACUUAUCAUGAACGUCUCUGGAGGAGGUAAUGGCCCCCAGGCGACCGCUGCCACGACCAAUAGCAGCAGUCUGGGCAGCAACUCGCUCCUUGCCACGGCUUCUGGAGCCAUGCCCAUGGCCCAACUGGCGGAUGGAUGGCUAGAACUGGAAUCUGACCCAGGUCUCUUCACCCUUCUUCUCGAGGACUUUGGGUGCCACGAUGUUCAGGUGGAGGAGGUGUAUGACCUGCAGAAGCCCAUCGAGAGCCCCUAUGGCUUUAUUUUUCUCUUUCGCUGGAUUGAAGAGCGGCGUGCCAGGCGCAAAAUAGUCGAGACAACCGCAGAGAUUUUUGUAAAGGAUGAGGAAGCAAUUUCUAGCAUUUUCUUUGCCCAGCAGGUUGUGCCCAACAGCUGUGCCACCCACGCCCUCCUGUCCGUCCUCCUGAACUGCAACGAGAACAACCUGCAGCUGGGCGAUACUCUCAGUCGACUGAAAGCCCAUACUAAGGGCAUGAGUCCGGAGAACAAGGGUCUGGCCAUCGGCAACACUCCGGAGCUGGCCUGUGCCCACAACUCUCAUGCAAUGCCGCAAGCUCGGCGCCGCCUGGAGCGGACUGGAGCUGGAGUCUCUAGUUGUCGCUUUACCGGAGAGGCUUUCCACUUUGUCAGCUUUGUACCUAUCAACGGCCAGCUGUUUGAACUGGAUGGUCUUAAGCCGUAUCCCAUGAAUCACGGGGGAUGGGAGGAUAGUGAGGACUGGACGGACAAGUUCCGGCGUGUGAUGGCGGAGAGACUGGGAAUAGCCACCGGUGAACAGGAUAUACGCUUCAACCUGAUGGCCGUCGUGCCGGAUAGGCGUAUUGCCAUAACCCACAAGCUCAAGAUGCUGCGCACCAACCAGGCAAUCGUGUCCGGAACUCUGCAGAAACUCCUAAAGGCCGACGAGCAGGGCGAAUCGGGGAACGGAGACUCACAACGUCCGGACACUCCCACUACGUUACUGGAACCGAGCGCCUUCACCGCACGGGAUCUGCAGUCGCUGCUCAAGAACCUUGAUACGGAAAUAGCAAUCAACGAGCAGCAUCUAGCCGAUGAAAACGAUCGGCGACACAUGUUCAAGGUUGACGCCAGUCGGCGCACCCACAACUACGACAAGUUCGUCUGCACUUUCCUCUCUAUGCUGGCGCAUCAGGGUGUCCUGGGUGAGCUGGUCAGCCAGCACCUGCUGCCAUCGAAGAAGAUUAGUGGCCAGAGUGCCGCCAAUCGGAUUAGCAAGCAGAGCAAUUCUUCGAACUCGGGGACGAGUACUGCUGGAGCUGGUGGUACCACGCCCAAAACUCAGCAACAGCAGGCUGCAGCCGCUAAAAAUGGAAAGUCGCCUAGUAAAACGCCGGGCAGAAGGAGAAAGGGACGCAACAAGUGCAGAAAACGGAAGUAAACGGACGAGUUGUAAAUGUUUUUAAGAAUACAGUUUGCAUUUUAAGACUA